GUCAUUGCUGGUUUGGGUAACUUGUAAAUAUGGUACUUUUCUACUUCAGCCUGUUGAGCUCCUGGAAACGCCAGUCCAGACCCUUAACUGAAGUUAUUUAUUAGAUGCUACAGGUCAACUUGUGCCUCUGAGCUUUCCUGCUUCCUGUGACAUAUGCUGUUUGUCUCAGGUGGGAUUCCUGCCCAGCUUUAUUCCUUAGCUUCUGGUUUACAAGGGGAAGUCUUGAAACUGUGGUCCUGGAUGUUUAGUGCCGUAUUCAGCAGCUGCAAGGAUGGCCUCUGCUUUCUCAAGGGCGUGUAUUACAUAAGGACAAGUAUCAGUUAUUCAGUUAUUGUUAUCAGUUCAGUUAUUUGUAUCGGUUAUUCCAUGAAGGACGUUUGUGCUCCUUUUUUGUAUUCUAGAGUGCUGCAGUAAAUGGAAUGAAGCCUUUUCCUCUUUUUAUUUUUUUCCUUUUUUUUUUCUCUGAGAUAGGCUACCUCAGAAUGCCUUGUGUUUGCUGUGGAGCAGGUAGGAACUCACCUGUGUGUCUGUAGCAGGUAGCCUGCUGUGGAGCAGCCCAGCCAACACACUCAGGGGGUUGGGUGUUGUACAGGCCUGCUCAAGGCAUGAGAGAUUGUUGGAUUGUUGUUGUUUUCUGUGUAGGUGUUGGGCCUGACGAUGUGGGUAUAUUUCUUCCAUGCAAGUGAGCUGUCCAAUAGGUAACAUGCCACCAGCAUGAGUUAACAUAACCGCUGCUUGAAGGAGGUGGAGAAGAAAUCUGUUGCUUCUAAGAAAGAACCUCAAAACUACUUUGAAGUCUAGGAAAACAGUUAAGGUUGGUACAGUAGGCCUCACUAAACUUAGCUGCAACUAAGAAUUUCUCCUACAUCAACUGAGUUAAGGCUGAUGCUCUUGUGGAAUGUGGAUUAAAAGUGCGUGCUAAGUUCCAAAUUUCCAUUUGAGAAGCGGAGAAAGUAAAUGUACCACAACCACCAGCAUCAGGACAGCAAACCAAGGGACAAAGAAUUUGAUCCACAGUGUUGAUAUAUGUUAACUGGUUCACGUGUUGCUUAAAAGACAUUUGCUGGGGGGCGAGAAGUGGACAUCAGCUGUGCGAAGGCAUUUUGUUUACAAAAAUGAGGGCUUCUUUGGAAACAGCAGACAUUGCCAUUGUGGUGCUGUACUUCGUGCUUGUAAUGUGCAUAGGUUUUUUUGCCAUGUGGAAAUACAAUCGGAGCACCGUAAGUGGCUACUUUUUGGCAGGGCGUUCUAUGACCUGGGUAGCUAUUGGUGCAUCUUUAUUUGUGAGCAAUAUUGGAAGCGAACAUUUCAUUGGGCUCGCAGGAUCCGGAGCGGCGAGUGGAUUUGCAGUAGGUGCAUGGGAAUUCAACGCCUUAAUGCUUUUGCAGCUUUUAGGAUGGGUCUUCGUCCCAGUCUACAUCCGGUCGGGAGUAUACACCAUGCCUGAAUACUUGUCCAAGCGUUUUGGAGGGCAUAGAAUUCAAAUAUAUUUUGCAGCAUUGUCUCUAAUUCUUUAUAUCUUCACCAAACUCUCAGUUGACUUGUAUUCAGGGGCACUUUUUAUUCAAGAAUCGCUGGGGUGGAACCUCUAUUUGUCAGUUAUCCUCCUUAUUGGAAUGACCGCGCUGUUGACUGUGACUGGAGGUCUUGUGGCUGUCAUCUACACAGACACGCUUCAAGCUCUGCUUAUGAUUAUUGGUGCCCUCACACUUAUGAUCAUAAGUAUUAUGGAGGUUGGUGGGUUUGAAGAAGUUAAAAGAAGGUACAUGUUAGCAUCGCCAAAUAUUACGUCUAUCUUGUUAACCUACAACAUUUCCAAUACCAAUUCCUGCAAUGUUGACCCAAAGCCUGAUGCUCUUAAAAUGUUGCGUGAGCCAACAGAUGAAGAUAUUCCCUGGCCUGGAUUUCUGUUGGGACAGACUCCAGCUUCUGUCUGGUACUGGUGUGCCGAUCAAGUCAUAGUUCAGAGAGUUUUAGCUGCAAAAAACAUUGCUCAUGCCAAAGGAUCCACUCUGAUGGCAGGCUUCUUGAAGUUGCUGCCGAUGUUUAUUAUAGUUGUCCCAGGAAUGAUUUCACGAAUACUGUUUGCAGAUGAUAUUGCCUGCAUUAACCCGGAACACUGUUUUCAAGUCUGCGGGAGCAGAGCGGGAUGCUCUAACAUUGCCUACCCACGUUUGGUGAUGAAACUUGUGCCGGUUGGUCUGAGAGGACUGAUGAUGGCUGUGAUGAUUGCUGCACUGAUGAGUGACUUGGACUCUAUAUUCAACAGUGCCAGCACCAUAUUCACACUCGAUGUCUACAAGCUCAUUCGGAAGAGCGCAACAUCUAGAGAACUGAUGAUUGUAGGAAGAGUCUUUGUCGCGUUCAUGGUAGUUAUAAGCAUUGCCUGGGUCCCGAUAAUUGUAGAAAUGCAAGGUGGUCAGAUGUACCUUUAUAUCCAAGAGGUAGCAGACUACUUGACCCCACCAGUGGCUGCUCUGUUUCUUAUGGGUAUCUUUUGGAAACGCUGCAAUGAGCAGGGGGCUUUCUAUGGUGGAAUGGCUGGGUUUGUUCUUGGAGCGAUCCGGUUGAUACUGGCAUUUAUCUAUCGUGCUCCUGAGUGUAACCAGCCAGAUACUAGGCCAAGCUUUAUCAAAAACAUCCAUUACAUGUAUGUUGCGACAACUCUGUUCUGGAUCACUGGGAUUGUGACCUUUGUAGUAAGCCUCCUCACACCUCCACCUACAAAGGAGCAGGUUCGGACAACCACUUUCUGGGCUGUGAAAAACAGGAAUGUGAAAGAGAGCGCUGCAAAGGGGGAGCUGUACAAAGUGCAAGAAAAGAGCAUCCUCAAGUGCAAUGAAAACGCUAACCAUAUAAUUCCAAACGGCAAAUCGGAAGAAAAUAUUAAAAAUAUUAAGCCGGAGGAUAUCAAUCUUCUGGUUACUUGCAGAGAUGACAGCAACCCGGUGAUUUCUGUGAGUCACUCUGAAGUCGAGACACCAGUUGAUUGUUAUUCGAAUGGACAAGCAGCUUUGAUGGGGGAGAAAAAGCAUGAGGAAGAGACUGAUGAGAGAGAGAGACAUUUGAAAUUCAUAGAUUGGUUCUGUGGCUUUAAAAGUAAAAACAUGAACAAGAGAGCUGUUCGGGAGAUGGAGGAAGAGACUGUUUGUUUACAAAUGCUGGAAGAGACUCCAAAAGUUAAACUAUUACUAAAUACUGGACUGGUCUGUGUCUGUUCGCUUGGAAUAUUCAUGUUUGUCUAUUUCUCUUUGUGAGUGAAUAGUAAACUUUUAAGGGUAUGGCUAAACAUACAGAAGGUCUCUAGAGAUUUUUUUGUUUUAAUUUUUUUCUUUUCAAAUAACACAACUGCAACCCAGGCAUUGUUUACGCUAUAAUUGUAAGAUCAACUCAAUUUUAGCCUAUUUAGAGACCAUUUGAGAUAUGUUGUCCUAUCUCUGCUGAAAGCAGAGCCUGUUGUGUCGUCUUUUCCCCCUUUUGACUUUUUCCUUUUUUUUCCUAUUUGCAGUACUAACCUUUUGUCUUUUCCAUGUACAUGUGUAUAAACAUACCAAAGGUGGCUGCGUUUGAAGUCAGGCAGUUACAUAGCUCAGUCAGCAUUAAGAUAACAUAUCAUUUGCUGAUGUAUAAAAUCUAAAUGAUUAAAGCUGUGUUGAAAGAUUUUUAAAUGUAGGGCUGUGAUGCACAUCAUGGUGUAGUUGUUCUUUGUAACAUAGCUAAAUUACCUUGGCCAACUUGGCACUCUUUAAUUUUGUUCACUGCUUCUAGGUUUUGUUAGUUGUGUUUUGUUUUUUAUGUUUUUAGUUUCUCAUUUCUCUCAUAGUAACAACAGAAAGAUAUUUUGUCUCAUCUUGUAGCACUUAAACCUUGAUAGCUGUUAGUAGCUUUCUGUCUUUUUUCCUCUGUAAGAGUAUCCACUGUAAAUUCCAUUACUGAAAAGUUGCUGUAUUUAAAAAAAAAAGACAAAAAAGAAAAACCAAACCAAAAAUCUUGGAGACGACAGACGGGCAAUGGAGAAGGGGGAAAGGAAAAAAAGAGAUACUCUUUGGUUAGGUUUUGUAGUAUGUUGAAAUACAAGAGCGUUUAUCCAGCCUCCUCAAUGUCCAAACCUUUAGCACACAAUUAGGGUUAGCCUCUUUCUAGAAGAAAAAAAUCUCUGCAUAGGUUCUACCACAUGAGGAAAAGAACUGUGCGACUUGGCAUGUCUUCAGUUUGGUAAGCACACUGUAAAAUAACUUCUCUGCUGUGUAUGUGUAGAAGGGCAAUAUGCUGCCUUUCAACAGGACAAUACUUUGCAUCCCUGCCAUUUUAGAAGGGCAACACUGUGCAUCCCUACCAUUGCUGCACGCUGAGUCUAAGGGAAGAAAACCAAGUGGGAAGACAAGAGGCAGGGGAACUGAGGGAAGGUACUGGAAGUGGUCCUUAUUUUCCAGAGUCCUUUUGCCUCAUGUCUUUUCCCACUUCCUCUUUCUACCUAUCAGACUUUUGUUUUUUUUUCUGAAGGAAUGACUCCUGAGGGAUUCUGUGUCAGGAGAUAAGGAGCAUGUGCAAUUGUAAUCUGUGUCAGCAAUUGAGGUCUGCACACGAUUCUUCAGAUAAAAGUGAAACUUUUCCCAGGCAAUCACAGGUGAUCAGUAGGUGUAGAGAUGCUGAGAUUCUUUUCUUCUGAAGGUUGGAUGCCCAAGGCAGGGAUGAAUGGUUUCCAGGUGUGGAGGAUGUGUGUGCAGUAGGUUGGUGGAGCUUAGCAGACCACAAGGUCCACUUCUCCUUGGUAAAGCAGGAGAAUGUGUUGCUGUCCGUGGUGUUCUUGCCCUUACACUAAACCAAGUCAGGACCUGUUUUUGGGUGCAGAGGCCAGUUGACAGUGUGUGGCUGCACUUGUGGUAGUAAACUCCCUUAUCCUCCAUGACGGAAUAGUCAUAUUCAGGCUUCCUGUGAAAAUGAUUCCUCUAGUUGUCUUUGCUCCAGAAGUUGUCUGGGGAUUUGUGAGAGCAUGACCUGGCUAGGCCAGAAACACGGUAUGAGGGACCAUGCUGAUUCUUCAGCAGCAUUGAUUCAAGGUUCCAGCAAUGUUUCCUUGGCACAUACAAAAGAACCAAUCCCUGUGGGUGAAAUGGUUAUGUUGUGAUGGAAUUCGGGUGCAUUCUGCCUUUGUCUGCUGGAGAAAAUUUGCUUUCCAGUACAGUGGUGCUGUAAGCUGCAGGCUGUCCAAAUAGCUUUUAGUAGUAUCAUGUAUAAUACAUAUUUUCAGAUAAAAUUACUAACUUCCAUUUU